CCGACACCACCCACUCUAAAAAGAGCUACUUUCAGGUGAGGCUGUCAAGUUUUGCGCUUGUCAGGUUAACUUUGUCGCGAGGAUCAGAGGACUUUUACCUGCCAUACCCGACUCAGAUCUUUUUAGGUAGCGAGUUAAUUUGUAUCGUCUUGAACAAAUGUCAUACCGCCCCUCUCUAACCGAGCGCUACCCACAGUGAAGAACGUGAUAUGUGACUAAGAAGUUGCAGGCUUAAAAAAAAGUUUUAUUUUUAUUACACGUAUUGAUGUAGUUUGAACGAGUGAAUUUGGAAAUACUCGUAUUAAUUAUGCAGCCCUAGCGUCAUUCGUGAGUCGGAUGCGUGAUAUUUUUAGUUGAUCCAGUAUCUAUCAAGAUGGAAACUGUCACUCCAUAAACGAUCAGACGAGAUGGGGAAAUGGGAGAUAACUAUGAACCCCGUGCAGGAGUGGGGCGAGGAGUGCGAGGACGGAGUGGUGUAUGGGAUCACCCUGCGUCGAGAGCCCGUCCCUUCGUCCCUCAACCCCACUGAGGCCCAGCCCAGCCAGGCCUACGUCCAGUACCGGACCUGCAAGGUCCGUCGGCUGAAAGCAGCCACUCUGAACCGGCUGAUUUGCCACCUGCAGGACCCGUGCUGCCCAGAACCAGACUACGGCAGAAUCUUCCUGUCCACGUACAGAACCUUCACCAGUACCAAGGCACUCAUAGAGCUGCUGUUUCAGAGACCAAACGCUGCCUCAGACCUGGACAACAGUGAAUGCCACAUGAGCCCCCUGAAGACUCUGAUCCAGACCUGGCUGGAGGACUACAAGGAGGACUUCCGGGACCCCCCCGAGCACUCCUCCCUCAGGCUGCUGUUGGAGCACCUGAGGCCCCAGCCUGGCUUCUCCUCCCUGGCCCUCAGGGCUGAGGCUUUGCUCAGGACACUGCAGCGAAACGAAACAGAGGCUGACAGGGGUGCAGCCCAGGGAGAGUUGGAACAGGAAGAGGAGGAAUCUGGCGAGGAAGGUCCUGAUUGCGACAGCGCUCUUUAUCAGAGUGACAUCAUGGACUUCUCAGUCACGGGCAUCGCAGAACAGCUCACCCGAAUGGACUCGGAGCUGUUUGUGCGCGUGCUGCCCUACCAGUGUCUGGGCUGCGUCUGGUCUCAGAGGGACAAGAAGGAGAACCUCUCUCCCACCAUCAGCGCCACCAUCUCCCAGUUCAACGCCGUCACCAACCGGGUCAUCACCUCCCUGCUCUGCCCGUCCGCCUGCUCCUCCGGCAGCCCCGCCUGCCCACGCCGGGCGGCGUCCGGCCCCGCCCAGAGGGCCCGGGUGAUCGAGAAGUGGAUCAGGGUCGCGCAGGAGUGUCGACAGCUGAAGAACUUCUCCUCACUAAAGGCCAUCCUGUCAGCCUUGCAGUCCAACGCCGUCUACAGACUCGGGAAGACCUGGGCAGCUGUCAGCAGAGAGAGCAUCUCCACCUUUGACAACCUGUGGGAGACCUUCCCUGAUGAGAACUGUGUCCUGACCAACAGAGAGAUCCUUCAAGAGGAUGGCCUGUUGCCUGUCGUGGAUAACAUUUCUCCCAAGAUAUCCAAGCGCUGCCCCAUGCCCAGACAGAUGAGUACGUCCAGUGGAGUGGUCCCCUACCUCGGCACCUACCUGACUGUCCUCACCAUGCUGGACACGGCGCUGGCCGACAGCGUCGAGGGCGGACUCAUCAACUUUGAAAAACGGAGGAGGGAGUUUGAAAUUCUCUCCCAGAUCCGUGUGCUCCAGGGGUCUUGCUCCCAGUACAACCUCCCCCACCACCCCAGGAUCGCAGCCUGGCUGCAGGAGGAGAAACUCCUCUCCGACCAGGAGAGCUAUGAGUUGUCCCGAGGGCUGGAGCCUCCCGUGGACCUGUGCUCCCAGACACCGUGGAGCCACCGCACUCUCUCCAAGAAGCUCUCCGCGUUCCUGACGGUGACGGAAAAAUCCGGUAGGAAGACCCAUGCAGACCAGAUCAGCGUGUCCUCAUCGGGAUCCAGUGGGAUGGAUGAGAUGGAGGACCUGUGCCCCUCCCAGCCAGCCUCCUCAAUGGGACUGCUGUCUCUGUCCAGCUCCUGCCAUAAUGUGGCCGAGGCCUUCCCCUCCUCCUCCCUGGACUCCCCCAUCCCCUUCCCCUCCUCCUCCCUGGACUCCCCCAUCCCCUUCAGCUCCUCCUCCAGCUCCCAGCCGGAUCUCUCCACCCCGGCCCCCUUCUGCUCCCCUGCCCCAGCCCCUGCCCCGGCCCCUGCUGCCGCCCCCAGGGCCAAGCCCACCCUGGCCUCCCACCACAAGCGCUCUAUCUCCAUGACCUCCCUGCCCCUCUACAAUCGGCAGGUGGCCGAUUCGUGCAUCAUCAGGCUGAGUGUGGACUGUGGCAGCGACAAUGGCAACAUGUACAAGAGCAUCCUGCUGACCAGUCAGGACAAAACGCCCCAGGUGAUCCAGAGAGCCCUGGAGAAGCACCACCUGGAGCACAUGAGCAGUCGGGACUUCAGUCUCACUCAGAUCAUCUCAGGAGAGAGAGAGCUGCUCAUCCCGGAAAAGGCCAACGUGUUCUAUGCCAUGUCAACCUCAGCCAACUACGACUUCGUCCUGCGCCAGUGUCAAGGCAAGAAGAAGCCCCUGCGCGCCACCUCAAGUCUGGGUCGCUACACAAAGUAGCGCCCCCUGUGGCGAGGAGUGGUCGUGCAACGUGAGCCGAAGCAACGCAGGACAGCGAGAGACUUGACAUUUUCGAAUUUGCGUGUCCUGAACGGUAGAAUGAGUGAGCCCUUGAGAACUGCAGAGGAAGAGGGCGAGAAGAUGGCACUUUCUGAAGAAUGUAUGUGAUGACUGCAGCUGUCACAUCCCUUGAACAGAACCUUCUUGCAUGAUUGGUGGAGACUAGUCUACGUGACUCCCGACACCCCUGGAAACGAGACUAGAACACCGCAUUCCAUUGGAAGUGUUGGACUUCCCCCUCAGGGCGUCUGGCAGCACUGGAACAUGAGUCACAUGACAUCGACAAGCAGCAGGAUAUUGGAUUACUUUUAGACACACACAAACACACAAACACACACCACACACGGUUUGUUUCCCAUUUUUGUCUCCUCUUUCAUCAAGCCCCUAAGUUUGCCAGUGGAGCAAGGUUGAAUGACCAGUGCCAGGCUUCUAAAUGAACAUUGAGAGCAUUUGACUGACAGUUUCCCAACUGGGAGGAGAACAUACCUUACUGGUCCUAACCUUGGGCUCUGGAAAGGGACAGAGGCCAGACUCAGAGUGAAGGACACGGUUUAUUUUAAUGGUGCGACAGGAGCCACACACAGACAGACAGACAGACAGACAGACAGACAGACAGACAGACAGACAGACAGACAGACAGGUGGACAGACACAAAGACCUCUGCUCACACAAGACAACCAGCCACCAGGUCUGGUCCCGGGUCUGGUCCCAGGUCUGGUCCUAGGUCUGGGCCUGGGUCUGGUCCCAGGUCUGGGUCUGGGCCUG